GCGCGGUAGCACCCCCGUUGCCAGGGUGGCGCGAGCUCUUGCCGGUGGGAAGCUAAGCAGCGGACAGCCAUGAGCGCCGUGCUUGACGUGCUGUGGGAGGACAGAGAUGUCCGCUUCGACAUCUCCCCGCAGCAAAUGAAAAUGAGAUCUGGAGAAGUCCUUAUAGACUGCCUGGAGUCCAUUGAAGAUACCAAAGGAAACAAUGGAGACAGAGGUAGGCUGCUUGUGACAAAUUUGAGGAUUAUUUGGCGCUCAUUGUCACUGCCCAGAGUUAAUCUCUCUGUUGGUUACAACUGCAUUAUAAAUAUAACUACAAGAACUGCCAACUCAAAAUUACGGGGACAGACAGAAGCUCUGUAUAUAUUGACUAAAUGUAAUAAUACACGAUUUGAGUUCAUAUUUACCAAUGUUGUUCCUGGGAGUCCCAGACUCUUCACUUCAGUUAUUGCUGUGCACAGAGCUUAUGAAACUUCUAAAAUGUAUCGCGAUCUGAAGCUGAGAAGUGCAUUGAUUCAGAAUAAGCAACUGAGGUUAUUGCCUCAAGAACAAAUAUAUGAUAAAAUCAACGGAGUGUGGAAUUUAUCAAGUGACCAGGGAAAUCUGGGAACAUUUUUUAUUACUAAUGUGAGAAUAGUUUGGCAUGCAAAUAUGAAUGACAGCUUUAAUGUCAGCAUACCGUAUCUACAAAUUCGUUCAAUAAAAGUAAGAGACUCAAAGUUUGGCUUGGCUCUUGUGAUAGAGAGUUCUCAGCAGAGUGGAGGAUAUGUACUUGGCUUUAAAAUAGACCCUGUGGAGAAACUACAGGAGGCAGUGAAAGAAAUUAAUUCACUUCACAAAGUUUAUUCAGCUAACCCUAUAUUUGGAGUGGAUUAUGAAAUGGAAGAAAAGCCUCAAUCUCUUGAAGACCUAACAGUGGAGCAGGUUCAGGAUGAUGUGGAAAUAGAACCUGGUGAACAGACAGAUGCUUUUGUGGCUUACUUUGCUGAUGAAAACAAGCAACAUGAUCGGGAGCCUGUGUUUUCAGAAGAACUAGGACUUGCAGUAGAGAAGCUAAAGGAUGGAUUCACACUUCAGGGGCUCUGGGAAGUAAUGACCUAAUUUAGAUGGUUACAUCUUGUUUCCCAUCCAAUGAAAGACUCUUUACUGAUUCAGUGAGAUCUGUGGAUUAUUGAACAAUACAGGAGUGGCAGCAAAAGAUCAUGCCAAAGUUUAAAAAAAAAAACAAACAAAAACAAACAGGCAAAUGUUAUAGAAUAUGAACUAAGGGUAUGUCAUUGGAGAAAGAUCAUUCAAAACGCGUGAAGCUAUAAAAGUUACUACAGGAAUGAUGGCUGACAUUUUAUUUCAGCUACCAUUUUAUGGCUCACAACCACUACUAUGCUAAAAUGCUGUGCAGUACAUGUUUUAGUUCUGCUUUGUGAUUGCGUGGCUGCUGCUGGCACACCAACAUCCCAGGUUCUUAGCAUGUGUCAUGGUUUUAUGAUUUUUUUUUUUGGUUGAACCAGAGCAGUGAGCCUCUUCCUGUAAAAGCACAGGGUCUAUCCUCUUGUUUCAGCCAUCAGUUUCUAUCAGUUAGCUGCAAUUUUGUGCCCCACAUGGCUACACGCUGCCCUGUGACCAGCUGCCAGGAACAGCCCCACCACGUUGUUUUACCUAGAAGCAUGUCAGAAAAGAAAACCUCUAUCAUUUUGAUAAUGCAGUAAAUAGCAGUUUUAUGCUCAACUUAAAGUAUUCACAUAUUUUUACACAGUGAAGUACUUUCCCAAUAUAAUUGAUUCAAAUUUCCAUAAUUUGUUUAAUUCUGAGCAGCAUGGAUGUACAAAAUGUACAACCCUCUGUAUUUGUGUUGGUUGUGUCACUGAGCCAGUGUUAUGUUACUGACAGCUUUUGGACAAAAAGCAAUAUCAAAUACUAGUUUUCAUGUCUCAUCAUUUAUGAAGUUUUUCACUUAUCAUUCCAGGUACUUUAUUGUAAUCUGGCUAUCUUUCCUCUCUCUUUUUUUUUUUUUUUUUGUCAGUGCCCUUUUUUUUUUUUUUUUUAAGGGACGAUAACGCAUGCACAUAAAUAGAUUCUGUGUCUGAGUCAUUAGACCUUUAUGGUGUUAUGUGUUAGAAAUGAGUCAUUUAUUGUUGAAAGGAAGAUGCAGCUGUUACGUUUUCUAGGGAGAUAAGACCUCUGUAGUAUUUUCUGUAAGUGGAAAAAGUCAAAUGAGCUGUCAUUCAGCUGUUGUUCAGCAGCUGACUGUUAUAGUAAAGCAUAAAAUAUAAUUGUGCUGAUUGUAGUAAAUCUUUCAAGAUAUAUAUUUCAAGGAAACACUACCUAUGGUUGAAAAUAAACCGUGAUUUUAAUAAACUUGAGUGAUGUUGUAAUUGUGUGCAUAUCUUGCAUUCAAAUGGUUGACUUUCAUUCAAAUAGUUGCCUUUUUGUCAUUCAAAGAAAAAUAUGUACUGUAUGGGUAAAAAGUAUACUCUGAGCAAAGUACAGUCUUUCAUCAAGGUGCAUUCAAUAGCUUCAAAUUUCCUUUGUAUUACCAAUAUAUAUGCUCCCAGUCUACACUUCGAAUUUUCACCAUAUGCAUAAUUUUUCUAAGUUCAUGGUUCUUAAACUACUUGAUUAAUUUGGAUAUUUUACCUUAAAUUGAGAUUUAAAAAUUUGUUUUUGUUAAGAUCUAUUUAAUAUACGUGUGCUGUAUUACGUUUGUUUUUUUUUUCUUGUCUGUUUUCCUUACUAGGUACUGUUUUCAGUUUAGUUUUACAGCAGUUAAUGGUUUGUAAAAUAAUCAGAUGUGAAGCGAUUGGUGAUGUUUAUAGAUUAUCUGAAAUGCAGAAUGAUUGUUUGGAAGUGGGAGGUAGACCUAAUUUUAAAUUAUU